GCCUGGGCGGCCGCGUGAGGUGUGUGGCGCGCGCCGCGCCGGCCAGCCCCGCGUUCCAUCGGGGGCGGGGCGGCCGCUCUCCCCCUAGCAGCAGCCAGGAGCAUGUCCUCGAGUAGGGCCAAGAAAGUGAAGAUGGCCACCAAGUCCUGCCCGGAGUGCGACCAGCAGGUUCCUGUUGCAUGCAAAUCGUGCCCUUGUGGCUACAUAUUUAUUAGUCGAAAGCUCUUGCAUGCCAGACGUGCUGAGAAAUCACUACCCACUGCAGAAAACAAGAGUGAGGCCAAAAGGAGACGAACAGAGAGAGUUAAGCGAGAGAAGAUAAAUUCUGCAGUAAAUAAAGACUUAGAAAACAGAAAAAGGUCCAGAUCUAACAGCCAUUCAGAUCAUAGCAGACGGGGACGAGGAAGACCUAAGAGUGCCUCAGCCAAAAAGCAUGAGGAAGAAAGAGAGAAACAAGAAAAAGAAGUUGACAUGUAUGCUAACCUUUCAGAUGAAAAGGCUUUCGUGUUUUCAGUGGCCUUGGCGGAAAUCAACAGAAAAAUUAUCAAUCAAAGACUUAUUCUCUAACUCAUCAGCACAAUCUGACUUAAUUGUACGCAGUAUGGCUAGCAUAUUUCCAAGGUGUCAUGGACUCCCGGGAGGCAUAUUGCUUUCAUCAACCAAGACCAGAGCUUUUCCUUGUUAAAACUGCUGCUGUUUUGGAGCUCACAAACUUGCGUGUCUGCACAUCAGCAAAAAGCAACGUUGUCAACAUUUUAGUUCUUUAUGCCUUGGAGACUAAUGCUUGAUGAAUGCACAGAGAAAAUGCACCAUUUCCAGAGCACUUCGUUAGAUUUACUGCCCAGAAAUGCAAUAUUUUAAAUACUUUCCGAAAUACUUUUCUUUUUAAAAUGAAAUAUAUUUCAGAUUUUUCAACUAUAUUACAUUUUACAUAUGUAUAGUUCAUCUAACCUUUUAAUAAAUUGAUAUUCUGAUAUUUUA